AUGGAGCCCCCGGCCGCCCCUUCGGAGAGGAGCCUGUCUCUGUCUCUGCCCGGGCCCCGGGAGGGCCAGGCCACCCUGAAGCCGCCUCCACAGCACCUGUGGCGGCAGCCGCGGACCCCUAUCCGUAUCCAGCAGCGCGGCUACUCCGACAGCGCGGAGCGCGCAGAGCCCGAGCGGCCGCCACACCGGCCCAUAGAGCGCGCCGACGCCGUGGACACCGGCGACCGGCCCGGUCUGCGCACUUCUCGCAUGUCCUGGCCCUCGUCCUUCCACGGUACCGGCACCGGCAGCGGCGGCGCGAGCGGAGGCAGCUGCAAGCGCUUCGAGGCAGAGAAUGGGCCCACGCCAUCUCCCGGCCGCAGCCCCCUGGACUCGCAGGCGAGCCCGGGCCUCGUACUGCACGCCGGGGGUGCUGCCAGCCAGCGCCGGGAGUCCUUCCUGUACCGCUCAGACAGUGACUACGACAUGUCACCCAAAACCAUGUCCCGGAACUCGUCGGUCACCAGCGAGGCGCACGCUGAGGACCUCAUCGUGACACCUUUCGCCCAGGUGCUGGCCAGUCUCCGGAGUGUUCGCAGCAACUUCUCACUCCUGACCAAUGUGCCCAUUCCCAGCAACAGACGGUCCCCGCUGGGCGGCCCAACCCCUGUCUGUAAGGCCACGCUGUCAGAAGAGACAUGUCAACAACUGGCCCGGGAGACACUGGAGGAGCUGGACUGGUGCCUGGAGCAGCUGGAGACCAUGCAGACCUACCGCUCCGUGAGCGAGAUGGCAUCUCACAAGUUCAAGAGGAUGUUAAACCGUGAACUCACACACCUGUCAGAGAUGAGCAGGUCAGGAAACCAGGUCUCUGAGUACAUCUCCACCACAUUCCUGGACAAGCAGAAUGAAGUGGAGAUUCCAUCGCCCACCAUGAAGGAUCGAGAAAAACAGCCAGCUCCCCGCCAGAGACCUUCCCAGCAGCCCCCGCCCCCCGGGCCGCAAUUCCAGCCCAUGUCUCAGAUCACGGGGGUGAAGAAGCUGACGCGCAGCCACAGCCUGAACGAUUCCACCAUCCCCCGCUUCGGGGUGAAGACCGACCAGGAAGAGCUCCUGGCCCAAGAGCUGGAGAACCUGAACAAGUGGGGUCUGAACAUCUUCUGCGUGUCCGAGUACGCCCGCGGCCGUUCCCUCAGCUGCAUCAUGUACACGAUAUUUCAGGAGCGCGACCUGCUGAAGAAGUUCCGCAUCCCGGUGGACACCAUGGUGACGUACAUGCUGACCCUGGAAGACCACUACCACCCCGACGUGGCCUACCACAACAGCCUGCACGCGGCCGACGUGCUGCAGUCCACCCACGUGCUGCUGGCCACGCCCGCGCUGGAUGCUGUGUUCACGGACCUGGAGAUUCUUGCCGCCCUCUUCGCGGCUGCUAUUCAUGACGUAGACCACCCUGGGGUCUCCAACCAGUUCCUCAUCAACACUAAUUCGGAGCUGGCGCUCAUGUACAACGACGAGUCGGUGCUGGAGAACCACCACCUGGCCGUGGGCUUCAAGCUGCUGCAGGAAGACAACUGCGAUAUCUUCCAGAACCUCAGCAAGCGCCAGCGGCAGAGCCUGCGCAAGAUGGUCAUCGACAUGGUGCUGGCCACGGACAUGUCCAAACACAUGACCCUCCUGGCAGACCUGAAGACCAUGGUGGAGACCAAGAAAGUGACCAGCUCGGGGGUCCUGCUGCUGGACAACUACUCCGACCGCAUCCAGGUCCUCCGGAAUAUGGUGCACUGCGCAGACCUCAGCAACCCCACCAAGCCGUUGGAGCUGUACCGCCAGUGGACGGACCGCAUCAUGGCCGAGUUCUUCCAGCAGGGCGACCGUGAACGUGAGCGGGGCAUGGAGAUCAGCCCCAUGUGCGACAAGCACACAGCCUCUGUGGAGAAGUCUCAGGUGGGUUUCAUCGACUACAUCGUGCACCCGCUGUGGGAGACGUGGGCCGACCUGGUUCACCCGGACGCCCAGGAGAUCCUGGACACGCUGGAGGACAACCGAGACUGGUACUACAGCGCCAUCCGGCAGAGCCCCUCACCACCGCCCGAGGAGGAGCCCAGGGGGCCGGGCCACCCACCGCCCCCCGACAAGUUCCAGUUCGAGCUGACGCUGGAAGAGGAGGAGGAGGAGGAGGCGUGCGCCGCGCCAGGCGCGUUUUCAGCGCGGGAAUUGUGCGGGGCUCCGGAUGCGCCCCCGGCCGGCGAACUCUCGGAGGUCGGUGGGCAGGACCGGCCCUCGGAGGUGAAGGUACAGGACCCUGGCACACGGCGAGCAGACUCGGCCGGUGGCGUGGCUGCGGGCAAGGACAAGGCCGGGUCCCCAGGCGCAUCCGCGGAGGCCGUCGGCUGCAGCCGCCCCCCGGCCCUGCCCGCCCAGGGCCCCCUUCUGCCCGCCUUGAGGACCCGGCCCGCUCCGGACGAGGUGCCGGGCCUCCCGGGCCUCCCCUCCGUGGCGGCCGAGGCGGGGGCCCAAAAAGAGCACCAGGCUGCCAAGAGGGCGUGCAGCGCCUGCACAGGAACGUCCGGCGAGGAGCCCCCCCCACUCCCAACCCCCGGUGGGGGAGGGGCAGCUGGGGGCCCGACCUGAGCCCCCGCCCCUGCGCCCUCCCGCCCUCCCCGCCGCCCCUCCCCACCAUUCCCCCACGCCCACCUCCUCCACUGCCUCAAAGACUCUUGGGCCUCCCGAGAAAAAAGAAAACAGAAAAGUGGGGUUUUUUCUCUUUUCUUUUUUUCCUCUCUCCCCCCACCCCCACCCACGGGGCCUCUUUUUGGAGGUGGGGGCUGGGGAUCGAGGGGCGGAGGUCCCGGAAGGGAUUUUAUUUUUGGAAUUUUAAUUGUUACAUUUUUAGAAAAAGAAAAAAAAAAAAAAAACAGGAUGAAACACAGCAACUGUAGAUGCUCCUGUCCCCGACUCCCCCCUGUGUCCCAUCUGCACCCACCUCCCCCCACCUCCCCCCUGCCCCAGGCCCCAGGCCCACAGGCUCAGUCUUCCGGCCUCCUAGGGCUCUAGGCCUGGGCCCAGGCAGGCAGAGCGCCUCCCCUUCCGGGCUUUUCUUCUGAAUUUUGGAGGGUCUCUGGAACCCAGCCAGGAAUAGCCAUUCCGGGCGGGUCGGGGGGUGGGGGUCCGGGGUGGGGGCCGUCACCGUGGGAGGCCCCAGCUCCAGCCCCUCUCUGGCGCACUGCCCCCCCCCCCAGAAGUCUUCCGCCUCAUUUUGCACAAACCUGGCAAUACUAACCCGAGGGACAGGGACCGGGAUGGGGAGCUGCGGGCUUUAAGAUGUAGCAGAGGUGGGUUUUGGAGGGACAUUCGCACUACCAACCUGGGCUCUGAGGUUUGAGGAGGGCCUGAUCACCCCCCUCCCCCGCUCCUCCUCCCCACCCCCCUCGGCUUGCCAUCCCCCUUCCCCUUCGGGUUCCGUUUGAAUUUUCUCCAUGGGGGGGGGUUGGCUCCGAACCACACCCCUCCUUCCAGCUGCUUCUCCUCUUGUUUCUGCCUUAACGAUUCCGUGGCCAUAGGAGAGGGGUUCGCAGUGGCCCCCAUCCUGGGCAUCCCGCCUCCCCCCCCAGCAUCCUCCUGACACCCUUCACAACCCUUUGCCCUGGGAGGAAGCAAUAACAGUGUACACCCACAUCCCCUUUCUGGGCAGCCCUCUGGCACCAAAGUCCUUUCUCCUUUGCUCCCGCCUGGCCACGCCUCCCCCUCAGCCCUUAGCUAUUCCUGGAGCAAUAUGACAGACAGAUGCAAGGCCAUUUUUCUCCAAGCCAUGGGGGACUUGUUUGGAAGGAAAGACCCCCCUCUUGCCCUGUCCUUUCUGCCCUUUGGCCCAGUUCUGCAGCUGGGCCAGGCAGGGCCCCCCUCUCUCUCUCUCCUGUCCCCCUGCCCCCCACUCUGAGCACACGGUACUGUAGCCCCUGGCUGCCGCAGCCUUCCAUCUGUCUGUCUGUCCCUGUGGGGAGUACCACCUGCUCCCACCCCCGUGAUGCUGUACAGGGUUCAUUUUUGUAGCGAAAGUAGUUUCUGUCCCAGCCAGUGACUGGAAUGGGACUUCUUUGGGUUUUCUUUCUGUUUUUUUCUUCUCUCUCUCUCUCUCUUUUUUUUUUUUUUUUUGUACAUACUGUAAGGUUGGUUUGUAAAUUAUUCUACCGAGGCAAAAAGGGAAAAUAAACUUGCCCUUCCCCAGCUGACACAGCCAGGGGAAGGAGGGGUGGGGUCUCCCAGAGAGAGACCCCAUUCCCACUGUAUUAUACAAACUGUACCAUAGACCCCGAAAGGGUGGGUUCAGCGCUGCCGUUCGAUGGGAAGUCGUGUCAUCUUGGGGGGUGAGGGCUGAGCAGAGCCUGCCCCUCGCCCCUUCCCCAGGUGUGACUGGUGAGACGGAACCCCACCCCCAAUCAGGGCUCCUCUCCCCAGCAGGAGGGGGGGCGCAGGACCCCCUUAUCUGCUCUUGUUUUGUCCACUUUGACGAUCAGUCAGUCGGUCCGUUGAUCGAUAGUCAAUCCUUCGAUCUCGUCUCCAAUUAAACCGAGGCUUUCGCUGAC